AUGGUCAAAUAUAUUGCAUUUAUGGACGUUUUAAGGCAAGAGGAAAUUGAAAAGUUUUUUCAUGCUUGUCAAAUGCAUCGAGAGUACUACAAGGGUUAUCCUAAAAGUCAUCAUCCAUUAACGUACUUCAGAGAGCCACAAUACGCAUUCCAAUGUCCCUCUGAAAUGUCGGAGUCUUAUCUGAGUUUUCCGGCUUAUCAUGUAAAGUACAAACAACCUGCUAUUUUACCGCCAACAACUGGAAGGACUUCUGGUUUUCCGCAACUUCCUGAUCGUUCUAUCGCCGGUCGUUUUAAUAAAUCCCCCUGUAAGGCUUUUGUUAGAUAA